UAUCUUCAGAGUACUGGAAUCAGCUGUGGUGGCCACUAACUGGGCGGUGGGAGCUCGUCCUGCUGCAGUUUUUCGGCACCUCUGGAUCUGGCCCAGAGGCGCUAAGAUAUGCAGAAAAAUGGAGUAUAUGACAGAACCCGUGAAGCACACGCCUGGACACAUCUUGUGCUGCGAAUGUGGUGUCCCGAUCAGUCCAAAUCCUGCCAAUAUUUGUGUGGCUUGUCUGCGAAGUAAAGUAGAUAUCAGCCAAGGCAUUCCGAAACAAGUCUCUGUAUCUUUCUGCAAACAGUGCCAAAGAUAUUUCCAGCCACCAGGAACUUGGGUACAAUGUGCAUUAGAAUCUAGGGAACUUCUUGCUUUGUGUUUGAAAAAAAUCAAAGCCCCUCUGAGUAAGGUACGGCUUGUAGAUGCAAGCUUUGUUUGGACUGAGCCCCAUUCUAAGAGACUUAAAGUUAAACUAACUAUUCAGAAAGAGGUGAUGAAUGGUGCUAUCCUUCAGCAAGUGUUUGUGGUGGAUUAUGUUGUUCAGCCCCAGAUGUGUGGAGAUUGCCAUAGAGUGGAAGCUAAGGAUUUCUGGAAGGCUGUGGUUCAAGUCAGGCAAAAGACUUUGCACAAAAAAACUUUCUACUACCUGGAACAGUUGAUUUUGAAAUACGGCAUGCACCAGAAUACACUUCGUAUCAAAGACAUUCAUGAUGGUCUGGAUUUCUAUUAUUCCUCAAAACAACAUGCUCAGAAGAUGGUAGAAUUUCUUCAGUGUACGGUUCCCACUAGAUACAAAGCCUCACAGAGACUGAUCUCUCAGGAUGUCCAUAGUAAUACAUACAAUUACAAAAGCACUUUUUCUGUGGAAAUUGUUCCAAUAUGCAAGGAUAAUGUUGUUUGUCUGUCUCCAAAACUGGCACAAAGCCUGGGAAACAUGAACCAGAUUUGUGUGUGUAUUCGAGUAACCAGCGUCAUCCAUCUCAUAGAUCCAAAUACCCUACAAGUUGCAGAUAUUGAUGGCAACACUUUUUGGAGUCAUCCUUUCAAUAGUUUAUGCCAUCCCAAACAGCUAGAGGAGUUUAUUGUUAUGGAAUGCAGCAUAGUCCGAGAUCUAAAACGCAAUGCAGGUGCUGGAAUGAUAUCAAAAAAGGUAAGUUCCAUCCUGCUUACCUCUCCCUAGCCCCCAACUUACUGU